AUGGAACCAAGCGUGACAAUUCAAGCUACUAAUUUUGUCUAGCAGAAGUAGGGGAACAUCAAAGAUUUCUACAAGAUUACUAGCUGCAUUGGAAGAGGUAACCAUUCUUUGUUACUAAGAGAUAGUAAAGCUCUACGAGCAGUAAAAAUCAUAAACAAAAAGUGCUUAGAGGAGGAUGAAAAAGAGAAGCUACUCAAUGAGAUUCAAAUACUAAAGUAGAUGGAUCACCCAAACAUUCUAAAGCUAUAUGAAUUUUUCUAGGAUGAAAAGAGAUAUUUCUUAGUCACUGAACUAUGUUAUGGAGGAGAGCUCUUUGAUAAGAUUUCUGAGGAACAGUAUUUCAGUGAAAAGGAUGCUGCAAACAUUAUUAAGCAGGUGCUAUCUGCAAUCAAUUACUGCCAUACUAGCAAGAUCGUUCACAGAGAUUUAAAGCCUGAGAAUCUUCUCCUAGAUAAGGGUCAAGACCCAAAAAUUACCAUUAUUGAUUUUGGAACGUCCGCAGUAUUCGAUUCAAGCAAGAAAAUGAAUUAAAAAUUUGGUACUCCUUACUAUAUAGCACCUGAGGUAUUGAAGAAGAAUUAUGAUGAGAAAUGUGAUCUCUGGAGUAUAGGAGUAAUCCUUUACAUCUUGUUGUGCGGUUAUCCUCCUUUCAAUGGAGCAAAUGAUAAGUAAAUUAUUGAAGCAGUUCUUAAGGGAAAAUACACCAUUGAUGAACCUGAAUGGGAUGAGGUGAGUGAAGAAGCCAAAGAUCUUGUAAAGAAACUUCUUACAUUUGAUCCAGCAAAGCGAAUCACCGCAGCAGAUGCUCUUUAGCAUCCCUGGAUUAAAAAGCAAGCAACUUAGGAGAAAGUAGAGAAGACAAUUGCUGCCAAAGCUCUAAACAAUCUCAGAAAUUUCAGAGGCGAUUUAAAAUUAAAGCAAGCUACUUUAGCCUUUAUUGCAAGCCAGUUAGUUGGUUAAGAGGAGAAGGACUACUUAGAGAAGAUAUUCAAGGCGCUAGAUAAAAAUGGAGAUGGACACUUAUCUAAAGAGGAGAUUCUAGAAGGAUACGAAGAACAUUUCGGAGUUCCCAUUAAUGAGGAGGAAGUAGAUAAGAUGAUGAAGAAUGUAGAUAUGGAUGGCAAUGGUGUAAUUGAAUACACUGAGUUUGUCAUGGCAACAAUGAAUGAGAAAAAUAUGAUGGGCAAUGAUAAGUUGAGAGCAGCUUUCAAUAUGUUUGAUAAAGACGGUAGUGGCACUAUUUCACCUGAUGAAAUUAAGGAGGUGCUUGGAUUUGAUUCAUCAAUAAGCUAGGAUGCAUUAGAUAAAAUCAUAAAGGAAGUGGAUGAAAACGGAGAUGGAGAGAUCUAAUUUGAAGAAUUUGUACAUAUGAUGAAGAAACUUGCAAUCAAUGAAAAUUGA